CGGGUGGGGCGAGAGGGCCGAGGAAGGAGAGGCCGGGGCAGGGGUCCUGCUGGGGCACAGCAGGGCACCCCUGGGCUCCGCAGAGUGACAGUAGGAAACGGUGGAUGUGUCCCGUGCCUAGGUGAGUACGGCCUUCGAAGGGAAGGCUUCCCGCUCUCACAGGUGACUCCUCACUGCAGGCAGGACUCGUGAGGCCACGGAGCGGGCGCUCCUCGGUGGGUGCCGUCAUCGCACAACAGCCCGCAGGACGUGCUUGUAGGCCACGGUGUCAGCCCAGAGGCUGGAUCCAUCUGGCACACCUAGAAGAAGCCUGUGCUGUGGGAAGGAGGAAGGACAGAUUUGCUUUGCUCACAGCAGCUUGUAUGAUGCUAUGUAUAAACAUACCGUAGCGUUCACCACAUUGAAGUUUCCUUAAGUGGGAAAAAAAAAAAAGAAAAGUGCCUUUAUUUCCCUACUGCCAGCCAGAUAAGAAGAUAGUGUGAAUAAUUUAAGCCUUUUCUUCGUUCAUCACAAGGAGAUCAUAGUUAAAGAGUAAAGUUAGGAAACAGUAUCUUCUCCUGCUACUUUAUGAAAAGGAAGAUUUUAGCUCUGGUAGUUUAGGAGUGAGUUACCCAGAACUGGGAGCAGUGAAACCCCAAACAGUUGUGAGUUGCUCAGUGUCAGUUUUAGGAAGAUGCUUCUUCAUUAACAAAGGGAAUUGCCUCAAGCAGUGGGCCACUAGUCAUAGUGGUGUGGAUAAACAUUGGUGAAAAGCAUACAUUUCCCUAUAUGUAGUGAAUGCAUAUGUGUAUUGUGUGUCCUAACAAUUGAAGCAGUAAAUAAAAAAGCUGAUAGAGUGAAGAAAUUUUAAUUUUGUGAAUAGAAAUGAACCAAUGUGGAUGGCAAUUGGUGGAGAAAGUUGCUUUUUUUAUACACAAUAGUACUUCUUUUCCUGGGUUACAAAAAGGAAUUAAGGAUUUUGCUUACAUUUAAAAGGCACUUAAAUUUCUCAGAUAGAAAAUAUUCGACUGGAACUACAUAUUCCUUCAAAUCUGUCUUAAAGGCAUUGCAACAGUGACAUUUAUUUUAGGAUAAGCAGCUCUUCUUAUGCACCAAACAAAUAAUUUUUUCACAUUCACUCUAAAGUAGACAGUGUUUUUCCUCCCAGAUUAUAACUGAGGGUAGAUAAAUACCCCAACCACCUCUUAUUUUAAGUAAUAAGUUUUGCCAACAAAACUUGCUGUGUGCUAGAUGUAAUGAGGAGCUCAUGAAUAUGAAUCCAUUUGUGAAGAGUGCUUUAUUGUUCCCCAGAUAAUUGACAUGUUGCCUGAGGUGUACAAUUCUUCAGGAGAAUUUUCUGAUUCAAUUAAAGAGAAUGGAAAAGCCUUAACAAACUUGUUUAUCUGGUUUGUCUGUUUACCUGUUCAUCAUUUCAGAUCCAAGGGGCAUAGUUUUUCCCAUCACUUUGGAACUUCACAUUGACAUCCACAGUAUCAUGGGAACCAUACCAGGAGUACCUGUCUUCUUGCACACUGAAAGCAACUUCUUGCACAAAAAGCCUUUCCUUCAUUGUCAGUUGAAAUACAGUGAGCUGUAAGUUUCCAAAUUACCACAUGCUCUUCAUAAGCAGACAAGACCUGAAUGGUUCGAAUAAAAGUCAAGCCAGGAAGAAAAUAAACUAAAACUGAGCCUUUUCAAAAGGAAAAUCUGUUUCCACUUAUGUGAAGGAAGUCCUUAAAGAAAAGAUCUAAUCUUUUUUAACUCACUGCUCCAGAAAUAUACCAAGAAGUACUUCAAGGCCUUCUGUUCUACUAUUUUAGGUUCAUAGAUGUUGAUUUCUACUGCAUGCCUUGGAUCCAUGCUCCUAAUCAGCUUACAAGCUUCCCUUGACCUACGCUUCCUUUCCUAAUGCACGUCUGACUAUGGCUGUCCUCAAAGUCAAAUUCACCAAAACCAAGAGGGACAAGCUGGCUCAGAUCUUAUGGAUCCUCAACUGGGUUUCUGUAGUGAGUGGGAUCAUUCUCUUCAGUCUUGGCCUCUUUCUGAAAAUAGAGAUCAAGAAGCGCAAUGAAGUGAUGGCAAAAGGGGACAUCAACUCUGUCCCCAACAUGCUGAUCUCUGUAGGGGUCAUAGCAUGUAUCAUCAAUUUUCUGGGUGGCAAAAUUUGCUACGACUGCUCAGAUGCAAACAAGUUUUCCCGAUGGAAACUAGUAAUGCUGCCAUACAUCGUAUGUACCUUUUGUUUUACCUUCUGCAUCCUGGUGGGUGCUCUCAUGUGCUACACCAUGAGGAACGAGCUGGAAGAGUCUCUCUAUCUGGGACUGAGGGAUGCUAUUAAGUUCUAUAAAGACACAGACAUACCUGGGCGGUGUUUCUUAAAGAAAACAGUGGAUUUGUUACAAAUUGGAUUCCGUUGCUGUGGAAACAAUGGCUUUAGAGACUGGUUUGAAAUUCAAUGGGUAUCUCCUCGUUAUCUGAAUAUGGCUUCCAAGGAGGUUUUGGACCGUCUGAAGAGCAACGUUGAUGGGAAGUUCUUGGUGGAUGGAGUUCCCUUCAGUUGCUGCAACCCCAGCUCCCCACGGCCCUGCAUCCAGUACCAGCUGACAAACAACAGUGCUCACUACAACUACGAUUUCCUGACAGAAGAGCUCAAUAUCUGGAUGAAGGGGUGCAGAGAGGCCCUGCUGGAUUACUACACCGGUAUCAUGAGAUCCAUUGGCAUUGCAGCAUUACUUAUUUGGUUGUUCGAGCUCUCUGUACUGAUUGGUGUCCGGUACCUACAAACAGCCAUGAAGAAUGUCCUUCUGCUAGGAGAUCUGGAGGGUGAAUCAGAUGGUUGGUUACUAGAAAAUAGUUUUGUGGAAACUGCCAAAUACAACAUCAACAUCAUUAAGAACCUCGGUAAAGCCAACCAGAUCUCCACUGUCUCAGGCAUGAACGACCCCAAUAUUAACGUUCCAAACACAGACUGUGACAAAACUAAUAUUACAACAAAAUCUAUCCCUGCAGCUAGGUAGGCAAAUCUUCCAAGAAAUGACAUCACAAGUCUAGCUUUGCUCUAUUACAGUCCUACAGUCACCAGAUUUUAUCUGGUAGGGGAAAAAAAAAGGUAGAAAAACUAGUAAAACAAUUGAACAAACCACAGACUGGUAACAGCAGGUGAAAUGCUGAUACUUCCUUGGAUGGAUGUGUUUUUACUUGUGAAAUCCCUGAUUCUCAACACUGCACAAGACUUCUGGAAUGUCCCCCACUUUCUCUCCUUUACUUAAAAUACUGGUCUGAAUGCAUCAGAAUUAUCAUUAAUCAUAAGCAAAUAUUUCAGACAGGAUGGGUCUACAUGUACUAACAUACAGAUUAGUUGAAC